CAUUUUAAUUGGAAGACUUAAAAAACCCUUUCGUCAGAUAUUUGGUGGCCCUAAAAAGGGCCAAUUAAUUACAAAUUUGCCUUUCGCGUGCGACUAGCACAUCGCCUAAGCAAAACGACGAGUGGCGAGACAAAAUCACCUCACCUAAUGGAUGCUCGCAGAUUGAAACCGAGUCUCUGCAAAGCACUAAUACUUAUGCGCCCGAAUUGGGGACGUAUGAACCUCCUACGUCAAUCGAGACUCCACCCUCCAGCGCAAAAUCUGGCUCGCGCGAAAGUAUAAAAGAAAAAUCCCAGCGCAGAAGCCUCUUCAUUCUAUCCGGACUACCGACGAGUGAAGGUCGAACCGCGGAGCAGCAGCAGCAGCAACACCGACAGAGAAGAAGAGCAGCACCAGCAGAGCAGAGGGGAAGAGCAGCACCAGCAGAGGAGAGAAGAAGAGCAUCGCUUAUAAAAUCAAACGGCCCUUUUCAGGGCCAACAAAACCCUCACGAAAGAGUGAUUCUUCAAUUUCAAAAUGAAUCGCCUGCCAAAAGGCCACAUGGUCGAUUUGUGUGUGUGUGUGUGUGUGUGUGUGUGUGUGUGUGUGUGUGUGUGUGUGUGUGUGUGUGUGUGUGUGUGAUUGUGUGUGAGGGAGAGAGAUGGGGGUAGAGAGAGAGGGAGGGAGAGAAAGAGAGGGAGAGAGUAUAUUUUUGCGCAACUAUAUAAGAAAUAUCGCCCGCAAAACUGCAUACACUUUGCUCUUGGCAUUCAGCUAGUGAGGAUGUCACGACACCUGGCGGCGAAAUACCUUGCGAGUCAUCGCAAGCGGAAGCGUGAGGAGAGAGAGAAGGAGAACAGAGUGGUGGCGCCACUGAGGCAAGCUGAGGAGACGAUUGCUGAUCGUGAUGAGGAGGGAGAGCAGGAGAUGGAGAAGGAGGAGGGAGAGCAGGAGAUGGAGGAGGAAGAGGAGAUCAAGGCACCGAAACCGCGGAGGCCUGCCAAGACGAGCGCUGAGCGCGUCAGGGAAUUCCGCCAGCGGAAGAAACUGAAAGCGCAAGAGGAGGCCGAGCGAGGAGGUACAGUAGCGGCCGGUAACCCAGCAGCAACUGUGAAUUUGGAGCCGAUGCCCGGCCCGAGCACGGGGCCAGUACGGUUCUACCCACGACCUGACCCGGUACAGAUUCCGUCGGGUUCUGGAAGGGGCACGUUCCAGGCCGAUUCCGAGACAUUUCUUGGUGAGUUUUUAGCAAAAUGUGAUAAACUACAGAACAAAGAUUUGCUUUAAUUUUAUUGUCUAUUCUUUUAAGACAAGAUAACGCCAAACUGUGAAACUAUAACCAAGAUUUUUAACUUUCGCUAAAUUCAACAAAAUUUUACAACUUAGCAAUAUAAUGCUGAUCAUGUUUGAAAAUUUUCACAUUGCAUGCACAAUUUGUGUUCUUGAAAUGAAUUUUCUCUGUAUAAAGCGGAUGUUUUAACGUAUGAAUAUGAAUUUAGUUGGCAGAAUAAUUUAAUUUUGUUCUUAAAACAACACACAGUUAAUAUAACCAAUAAAUAAUCUGUUUUAGAGUUUUAGCAUAAGAUAGGCAUUUGUUCUACGCACUGUCUAACUUUGAAUUUUGGGUUUAAUAUUAUACAAUCAAAAGCAACUAUUUAGAUCUUCCUGUAUCUUACAGGAAUCGUACCGACUCGUUCCGCUCUGAACGAGUCCUCUCAGGUAUCAGUACCCAAUAGUCAGGGUAAGUCUGGGUAACUUAGGGAGGUCUUUCAAUAUUAUCCCCAAUUGUUUAAUGUUUUGUAGAGACGGGUACGACUGCCACAGCUGGUGGCAAGCCAGAUUGCGCGAAGGCCGACAUUGCUUUUCACAAAAAGUUUACCGACAACAAACUGGGUGAUUAUUGCAAUGUUUGUGAACGCAUCUGGUUCAGC